GGUGACACAUUUCAGAGCUGUAUAAAUGAGUGGAAAGUACAGAUACUUCCACACAGGAACGCUGUAUGGUCUAAUUAACAGCCAGUCUGCUCUGUGGCAUUAAAAACAAAUUCUAUCAAGAAGAAAGAAUGGAGAGCCUUUGAAAGAAGGUUCACUGUUGAGAGAUGGCUGGCAGCAGAUUGAGUUAAAUAUAAACUGGCUGUUUGUGAAGGAUGCAAUGACUAAAGUGUCAUCUACAAUAAAUCUGUGGGAAAGAGAUAAGUAAAUAGGAUGGAAGACUGAGAUGAUCAACAGGGAACAUCUGGUGACCAUGAUGUUCACACAAGUAUGACACAAACAGGGGGACUGUCACCAUUAAACUGUAAAUGAGGAAAUAUCUGUCAGAAAAAUGGUGCUCCAUCCCUGCAGGGGCCUUCCAGAGAUUCAGCACCAAGUUGUAUCUGUACUUUCUGUAAACGACCGACGACAAGUGGCACCAUUUUUUCUUUAUACUCAUCCUUGUAUCGAUCUGAUGAUUUGUUCAGUGUAUUCUGUAACAAGCAUUUAUCCAGAGAGACUGGAUAAAUGGACUGUUUCAUGUUACAGGUCUUAUCAGUUUGUAGUUUUGCAGUCUGUUCUCACCUGGAAAGUGAAAUAAGACCCCAUUCAAGCGUCUUCCUCUUGAAGUAGGACAGGUACUACAUACUUUGUUUCCUGCAUUCUUUCAUCCUUUAUUAGCUGAUUUUGGUAAUGGUAAUAUAGUUUAUGGAUGUAUUCUUAUCAAACCAAUCCAGAUGUAUGGCUGGGGGCCCAUUUCUUUUUAGUAAGGUUGGUAAUUCAGUAAUACAACCUGAGAGACACAUCUGGCCCAGCGAUCUGUACAAUAAGAUGGAGGCUGGUGCUGGAGAUCUUGUCAAAAUCCAACAGUACAGAAAAGUACUGCUGUAUUUUGCAAAAGCAUCUGACUAGUGACGCUUCAUUCUUCAGCAUUAGUCACCCCCAAACACCCUGAAAAUUUAGCUUAAUUUAUUUUUUUAAAAAGGGACAACACAUAUUAAUGAACAUAUCAAUGUGAAUAUGCCAGAUGUAUCCAGAAGACUACUUUUUAUUUGCAACGGUCCUACAAAAACAAUGAGUAACACCUCGUCAAUGUACAACAAUACAGUUUAGACAAAAAAAUAAAUAAAUAAAUGCAUAAAAUUACAACAUGAAAAUCCACACUGCAAAAAGCAUUCCUGGAUAGGAAACCAUUUAAACAGUGUGGGGUCAUCUUGACAGAGAACAGAACAAAAGCUUUGAAUGGCCCUCAAGAAGCCUGGAGAACUAUUCCUGAAGAUUAUUUUAAGAAAUGAAAGCUUUUCAGGCUGUGCUGGAGAAUAAAAGGUGAUUAUAUAAAACGCUGACUAUCAAGCUUGUUAGUACUGGACUGUAGGUACUGUUUUUAAACUGGAGCCACAAUGUUCAGCAAACAAUUUUAAAAAUCUGUCUUUCAGUAGCAGAUCAGGUAAUUCUUAUUUUCCCGGUGAACUCGUGAUUUUGCUCAGUCGUUUAAAUAAGCUAUUAUUUCCACAGCACCUAAAGGCAACUUCAAACCCUCGAGGACAUUGAGGAAAGUUUUAAAAAGGAGCUCACUUUGUGCGUUUACCUCCGCAGACUGGCUCUCAUUUCGACACACACAUAAUCGGCGUGGACAGACUGUCACGAGAACCGCUCAUUUGAAACCAAUUCGCAUUACUGCUAAAAAUAAAGGAGGGCUAAUUGACUCCGGCCAACCUUCGGUGACGCGGCCCACACAAGCGACGCAUGCGCAGUGCCGCCGGCGUCGCACAGCACCAUCAGUAGGAGCAGGACCAGCGAGAGCCGCCGGGGAGAAGGGUGCCGUCGUUGUUUAUUUUACGCAAUAUAAACUUUUCUCGCAAUGUCGGGUUUCGACAGUAACCCUUUCGCUGACCCAAUGGACGUAAAUCCCUUCCAGGAUGCUUCAGUCACACAAGCCACCAGCAGAGUCAAUGACAACGUCGGGGAUUACAACCCAUUCUCUUCACCGGAAAUGGGACAGCACUCUGGGACGACAAUCCCUAUCUCUGCUGCACCCUCUCAACCAGCUGUACUACAGACAUCUGUGGAGCAGAACCCAAAAGCUAAAGCAGCUGCUGCCCAGGCUAACCUGAUCAAACAGCAGGAGGAGCUGGAGAGGAAAGCAGCAGAGCUGGAGCGGAAGGAACAGGAGCUAGAGAACAGGAGGCAGGCAGGCAGCGCAUCGAACCCCAGAGCUAAAGAGAACAACUGGCCACCUCUUCCAAGGUUCUUCCCUAUAAAGCCCUGCUUUUAUCAGAAUUUUGAGGAGGAAAUCCCCGAGGACUACCGCAGGAUGUGCAAGCGAAUGUACUACCUCUGGAUGUUCCACAGUGCCACUCUCUUCCUCAACGUGCUGGCCUGCCUGGCUUGCUUCACCAUUGACAGUAACUAUGGCGUUGACUUUGGUCUGGCUAUUCUUUGGUUCAUUCUGUUCACCCCUGUGGCCUUCGUCUGUUGGUACAGGCCGGUCUACAAGGCCUUUAGGUCUGACAGCUCUUUCAGCUUCUUUUUCUUCUUUUUCGUCUUCUUCUUCCAAGUGGCAGUUUACAUUAUCCAAACUGUGGGGAUUCCCCAUUGGGGCAACAGUGGAUGGAUAACAUCAAUCACCAUCAUCAAGACGAACCUGGCUGUGGCUGUGGUUAUGAUGGUAGUGGCUGGAUUUUUCACUGUAAACUCUGUGCUGGCUGUCAUCCUGCUGAAAAUGGUCCACUCUAAAUACAGAAACACAGGUGCCAGCUUCACCAAGGCCCAGCAGGAGUUUUCACAAGGUGUCCUGAGCAACCGAACUGUCCAAAAUGCUGCUACCUCCGCUGCUACCUCCGCUGCCCAGGGAGCCUUUAGCAGGAGCCAAAAUUAGUGUGAUUUCUACAAGUUUUGUGUCUCUGGCUAUUCUCUUUUCUGACCAGCAUACCGGGCUACCCACGUCCCAACAUUAUGCAGUUGGUGUAAAGGAAUUUUUAGGGAAAAGGGCAAAAAGCAAGUAACUUAUGAGUAAUAUACCAAGUGGGGUGUCUCCAUUCUCCAUGUCCACUAAAAAACUAAAUAAUAAUAAAGAUUGUGUAAUUUAGGAAGAUGUGUAGCUAAAGACAUAAAGUCAUCUUCCAAGAAUAGGAACCUACCCUCAGUUAAACUUUAUUUGUAUAGCACCUUUGAUGAAGGACAGUGCAAUUCAAAGAGCUUCAUAGAUGAUUGACGAACUAAUGAGAUGGUACAUUAAUU